CGGGUUUCUGAUUCUCCUCUUCUGACAUUCAAUCCACCCGCACCGGAGUCUUGCCUGGUUGCAACUCUCCUGCCAUUCUCUCGUUUUCUGGUUAAUGUCCAUGCUUAUGCAUACUGCUACUUCUAUAUCAUAAUCAUUAUUUCCCAUUAUCAAGAUGACAGAAUUCUCCGUUGAGAAUCCGUCCGACGACAUCAACACGAUCACCUUUAUCACGCAGUACUUAUGUAUCCCUAUCGUCUCCUUCUUUGUGUUGAUGCGGUUCGGCAUCCGGACAUGGUACAAGCAGCCGUUCACCGUUGAAGAUGGUGCCUGUUACGCCGCAUGGAUAUUGUUCGUGGCCUAUUGUGCCAUUGCCAUCGUCAUGGCCCAAAAUGGCGCUGGAUACCACAUUACCGACAUCACCGACGAUCAAGCUGUCCAAUUCCUCAAAUGGGGUUACAUCGCCACCGUCAUCUACUGUCCUAUGGCCCUAAUCGUCAAAAUCGCCCUCCUCGCCAUCCUCAUCCGCAUCUUCGGUCCCUACAAAACAAAAGUCACCCUCAUCUACGUCUUCCUCGGGGCCCUCUGUAUCUACUACAUCAUUGCCGAAAUCAUCAAGAUCCGUAUGUGUGAUCCCGUCCCGGCAUACUGGCUAGGCCAAACCGGCCCGGGAGUGAAAUGCUUCGACCAGGCAGCCGCCCUCAUCGCAGACUCUGUGAUCAGUGUCGUUAGCGAUCUCAUUAUCCUCAUCGUCCCGCUACCCUUGACCUGGUCGCUGCAAAUGUCGCGCAACAAGAAGCUGCGUGUCAUGGGAAUGUUAUCUGCAGGAGGCCUAGCCACAGCAUUCAGUAUCUACCGUCUCGUCCUAGUCGUCAAGGACGGCCAAUCUGCCGACCAAACCAUCGUCUUCACCUGCGUCGUGCUCUCCGGAAACGCCGAAGGUGGCGUUGGACUCAUCUGCGCGUGCUUACCAGCCGUCAAUAUCGUCAUCGCCAAGCUCCGCAAGUACGGCAGCUCGCAGAACCGCUCGUACGGACACCAGGACUCGAGCCUCCCGCUGAGCAAGAUGCGCCUGGGCGGGAGCAAGGGCCAGUCCAAGGCGUCGAAGAAUGAUCCCGAGGGCACCCUGACUGACUACGGCAAUGACCAGAGUCAUCUUAUUUCGUAUGCAGGUUCUGCGCAGGGUGGCGGAGGCAUUCAUAAGACGAUCGAUGUGUCGCAGACGGUGGAGAUGCUGGAUGAACGGGAUGAGAGGAAUUUCUCAAGUCAUAGUCAGAGUCCAUAGCGUGUCAUUCUUUACUUCUUUUUUUGUGUUAAUACAUGGGUUGGUUCAUGCAUAUACAUUUUCUAAUACUCUACUCUGUACAUCGAAGACUACGACACCGAGUCAUUAUGCAAAUGAUCGUACUCCUUAUCGCCG